AUGACCACCCACGCCGACCGCAUCGCUUCCAUCUCCGCCUCAAUCACCCAAUUCCACCGCACCUCCACCCCCUUCCGAAUCCACCACGGCAGCACCAACUCGACCCGCCAAUUCCCAUCCACCUCAGCCAACACAAUCUCGACGGCCCACCUAACCAACAUCCUCUCCAUCAAUGCGUCCUCAAAAACCAUCACCGUGGAACCCAACGUCCCCAUGGACGUCCUCCUCUCCACCGCCCUCUCCCACAACCUUCUCCCCCUCGUGAUCAUGGAAUUCCCUGGCAUCACGGUGGGCGGCGGCUUCUCCGGCACCUCGGGCGAGAGCAGCUCGUUCCGCCACGGGUUCUUCGACGCCACGGUGGUGCGGAUCGAGAUGAUCCUCGGGAACGGAACGGUGUGUCAGGCGUCGCGGACCGAGAAUCCGGAGCUAUUCGGGGCGGCGAAGUCGGCGUUCGGGACCAUGGGGGUCGUGACGUUGUUGGAGGUGCAGUGUCGGGACGCCUUGCCCUAUGUCGAGGUGGAGUAUAUGGCGACGAGCGGGGUGGGGGAUGCGGUGGGGUUGUUUAGGGAACUGGCGAGGGAUGAGGGGGUGGAUUAUUUGGAUGGGAUUGUGUUUGGGAGGGAACAUGUCGUUGUUUGCAAGGGGAAACUGGUCGAGGGACCUUCUGAAGACAAAGAAGAAGCAGAGGACAAGCCCAAAAUCCAAAUCCAACGCUUCACCCGUCCCCACGACCCCUGGUUCUACAUCCAUGCCCAACGCUCCGCCCCUCCUCCUCCUUCUCCUCCUUCUCCUCCCUGCAGCUCUAACUCCCCCACCACCCCCCGGGUCGUAAGAAAAGACCUCGUCCCAAUCACAGACUACCUCUUCCGCUACGACCGCGGCGCCUUCUGGACCGGCCGCUACGCCUACUCCUAUUUCCUUACCCCCUUCAACCGCGUCACCCGCUACCUGCUGGACUAUUUCAUGCACACGCGCGUGAUGUACCACGCGCUGCACGCCAGCGGGCAUGCAAGCCAGUAUGUGAUUCAGGAUGUCGCCGUGCCGUACGCGUCAGCCACGCACUUCGUGGACUGGUUGGAUAGCAAGGAGAAUUUCGGGGCGUAUCCGAUUUGGUUGUGUCCGUUGUUGGUGGAGGGGGAGGGGGAGGGCGGCGUGAUGGCGAGUGGCAGGCCACGGGGUCAGACUCAGACUCCGUCACAACCUCCACCCGUGCCCUCUUCAUUCAGAUCCGAAUCCGGCGAAGAGAAAGCUGCGAUUGAAGAAGAAGACGCAAGGAAAUACCUCCUCAACUUCGGCCUCUGGGCGCCUUCCCCGCACCGAGGCGCCUCGUUCAUCGCGCAGAACCGUCGACUGGAGAAGAAAGUGCGCGACCUGGGCGGCAAGAAAUGGCUAUACGCGUGUGCGUAUUACACCGAGGAGGAGUUCUGGGGGAUAUAUGACAAGAAGAGGUAUGAUGGGUUGCGGGAGAGGUUCCAUGCCGGGUAUUUGCCGGAUCUGUAUCAGAAGGUGCGGGUGGAUUUGGAUCCGGGGAAGAAGGUGGUGGGGUGGGGAGAGUGGUUGGGGGGGUUGGCUUGGGGGUUUGGCCCGGGAACAUCACCAAGUGGGAAGGCGCAUUCCUCCUGCACAAGCGGGGGUAUUUGGGCUAUGGAUCUGGCAGCAGAGAUGAUGAGCGUACCAACGACUCUCAAACGCCGUCGCCUGCUGAGAGGCGAAAUUACUUACUCCGCUGCAAAGGAACGUGAAACCAAUGUGCUGCAUAUGCUGGGCUACUGGGAUCAGCGGAAUCAAUUCUUUGAAGACAUUCGCCGCAACAGCCACCUGGUAGAAGCAACGGUCGCGCACCAUCUCAGCUUAAAGUCCGCGCGGCAUUGUCGGGUAGCCGACUCCGAGGAAUGGCUCUCUGGCACCUUCAAUGUCUGCAUCCCCGUCUACGUCGAUGAAGGGAAACGGUGUCCUAGCUUCCUCGUCCGUCUACCGCUGCCUUACCGAGUCGGGGAGAAGUUCAAUCCAGGAAAUGCCGACGAGAAGGUCCGUUGCGAAGCGGGCACUUAUGCCUGGCUGCAGCAGGACUGUCCCGACGUCCCGGUCCCACGGCUGUACGGGUUUGGGCUGUCCACGGGCCAGAAGUUCACUUCGCUCGAUAGACUCCCCUUCCUGGCCCGUUCUACUGAGCGCCUCCUCCGGUAUUUAUUGCGCUUCUUUGGAUACCCAGCUCCGUCCGCGUAUGUUCCUCACGAGAGCAGACUGGGAGAAUGUCUGGGGGUCGGAUAUCUGUUGAUCGAGUAUAUCGACAAGUCGAGAGGGAAAAUGCUGUCUGAAUCGUGGGAGGCAGGUCGUCACAACGCCCAGUUACGCGGGAAUCUGUUUCGAAGCUUGUCGAGGAUCAUCCUCGCUGCGACGCGUGUCCCGCAACCGAAAAUCGGCUCCUUUAUUCUGGACGAUCAAGGGGUUCUGAAGUUGAGAAACAGGCCGCUUACCCUUGAGAUCCAGAGCUUGGAAAAUGAGCAGAUCUCUGUCGACAUGCCUCGGGAUAUGACGUAUUCCACCGUUGAUUCCUACAUCAGCGAUAUGCUCGCCUUGCAUGAGAGUCGCCUCAAUCAUCAGCCGAAUGCGGUUAAUGAUGUCCAAGACUGUUUAUUCCAGAUGGUGGCCCUGACCGUGAUGAGAACCGUCCGACAGUCAUUCCUCCGAGCAGAGCUCCGUGGUGGUCCUUUCUACAUGAGCUUCACAGAUAUUCACCAAAGCAACAUCUUUGUUGAUGACGCUUGGAAUAUAACCUGUCUGAUCGACCUUGAAUGGGCCUGCUCUCGCCCCGCCGAGAUGAUCCAUCCACCGUUUUGGUUGACAAAUCAGUCUGUGGAUGAGAUCGACCCUGCCGAAUACGAGAAACUCCAUACCGAGUUUCUGUCCAUUCUCGCCGAGGAGGAACGCAAGCGCUUUUCUCCCCGCAGCUUCCACCUGCACUGCAUCAUGCAGGAUGGAUGGAUUAAGGGCACCUUCUGGUAUGCACUUGCCCUCGAUAGCCCGACGGGGCUUUUUCGCAUCUUCUACGACCACAUCCAACCCCGCUUCGCGAAGGACCAUGUCAAUGAUGCUGCAUUUUUCCGCAUCGUCAUGGAUUACUGGGCCGUCGAUGCGCAUAGCUUUGUACAAAGGAAAGUUCAAGAUAAAGAGCUGUACGACAAGCUCUUACUUGACGCUUUUACAUAG